AUGGUGUUCCCGGGACAGCUGAGCGUGAGCAAAGAGGGAAGGAUCGGGGAGAUGCGAGAGAUGCACACGCAGGCGCCGGUGGUGUACUUGGAUUUCGAGGGAGGGCGGAUAAAGAUGCUGGGGAGCAUCGUGCGGCCGAAGUCGACGCGAUACUUUACGCUGAACGCGAAGUCGAAGGAUAGGAUGAACCUGGAGGAGUGGUUCGAGAGCGUGAUCGUGUUUCCGAGUUGGUACUGGAUCGGGACGAAGGAGGAGAAUCCCGAGGAGAAACCGUUGGCGCUUCCGGCGGAGUUGGGGGAUUUGGCGGGGGAGGCGGAGACGGAUUGGGACGCGUCCGUGGCGGCGGGGAGCGGAAAGGCGGCGACGACGCCGACGACGGGUGCCACGGCGACGGCGAUGAAGGCGAGUGAAACCGUUGUCGGCGAUGACGCGAAAGACGCCGCGGACGGCGGUCGAAGACCGCGUCGACAAGCCGCGACGGUGGCGCGCAAGAAGAUGUACGCCGACGACAGCGAGGCGGAAGAGGCGAGCGACGACGACGACGACGACGGACGCGUCACGUCCCCGAUCGUCGUGCGUGGAAAAGUGGAGUCGUUCAUGCCUCCACCGCCACCCGUGACAGCUCCCGCGCCG